AUGGAAGAGGACAACAAAAAGCCAUACAAGAUUAAGGAUGUGACGAGAGCUAUUAAGAAGGCGGUAGUAGCCGGCACCCUGGACGAGGUACGGUCGAAGGCGGCGGAAAAGUUUGGCCGUACGGAUCUACCCAACAUUCAUCUCGAUUCGGACGGUACCGAGGUGGACGAUGAGGACUACUUCCAGACGCUCGAACCAAAUGCCGAGCUGAUUGCGGUCUUCUCCGGCGAACAGUGGAUAGAUCCGACACACUACGUUACAAUAACGACGCGCCGGGAUUCGGCCGACAUCACCGACAGCCCGGACGUGGAACGGAUACAUCUGAAGAAGCUGGUCGCGCAGAUGAAAACCAACCUGUGCAACGUUUCGGUGCUGAGCGAACCGGACCUAGAGCUGCUGUCAAACAUGGACCCGAACUCGGUGGCUGACAUUACCGGCAAGGACUUUAUCGAGCAGCUGAAGGAAGCUUCAGGCAGAAUCUUGCAUGAAAAACGAAAGGCUGCUGACGCAAUUGAGCUGCUAAAGCUGAUCGCGAAGCAACCGAUCGCAUCAAACGAUGCCGACAGCAUAGACCGCGAAUACGAUGAUGACGGUAACACGCACCAGCUUCGCUCCUUUCUGACCGCAACAGUACGGUCUGGCCCUAUCGUUAAUCAACCUCAGCGCGCGGAUAUGACCGCGGCCGCCGCUGCCGAAGAAUCGUCCUCCUCGCCUUCCACGACGCCUUCCACGACGAUCGUUUCAAUUCCGGCGACCGUCAACAGUUACAGCGACGGCAAGCACAACAUAACCGUUCACCUGCAACCGACCGUAGGCAGCAACUUUGAUAGCAGUACCGGGGAAGACACACUUGACACCUGCCGCAAGCCAACGGACAGCAACCCAGAACACGGCAAAUCCAUUUGA